AUGAGAGCCGCGAAAGCGAAUUACAAGCUACUUCAACACCGCUACGAUAGCGAAAUGCGACCAUUCCACAGCGAUCUGUACGAGCUACGAAGGCUGCAAGUCGAGAACGCGGAGCUCAAGAAGAAGCUUGCUGACGAGCAGCAAGCAAGACUCAAUCAAGUCUCAACAGAGACGCAGAAGGAGGGCGACGAAGCUCCAGAAAAGGAGCAGUCGCAGCUCAAUGAAGUCUUGAAGAAGAUUGAGACAGAGCGUGAUGAAGCACGCAAAGAAAUCGAAACAUACAAAUCGCUACUGAGCGAUAAGGAAACUCUUGUCGCCGAGGCGGACUCCCGGACUCAAGCACUCGAAGUCAAGGUCGCAGACCUGAAAACCCAGCUCAAGACUGCGAAGCAGUCGCUGGCUACUGCAAAAACAGGCAACGGUGCUGAAACUGUCGACCCGUUCAGCGAUCCUCGAGUCCAGGCUGUUCAAAUGCAGCUGAACGACACCAAAGAUCGGCUGGGCAAAGCUGACAAACGUGUGAGCGAGUUGGAAUGUACAGUAAGGGAAUCGGAAUCUACAAUGCGCCAAUGGCACAAAGAGGCUGCAGACUUCCGGGCCGUCCACAACAACGUGCAGCGUGAGCUGCAGGCUGCAAAGGAGAGCCUCGACGAGACAUCUAGAGACGCCGCGUCAAAGAAGCGAGGAAAGGAAGCCGCGGAACGCGCAGCAGCAGAGUAUGCCGAGAAGCUGAAGGCUAUGAAUGGUCAGCGGCAAGAAGCCAAGAAUGAAGUGUUGCAACUACAACAAGUCCUGAAGGUCGUUGAGCAGAAAUUUGAGAAGGCAGAUUCAGAUCGCAAUGCUGUGCGUGAGGAGUUUGAGAACUACCAGUCCAACCACGACACCGACAGUGCCAACCUCACCAACGCAGAGCGAGCCCUCAAAACCGAGCAGCAGAGUCAUACUGACACGCAGACCCAGUUGAGGGAGUUGCAGAGCGACUAUGCGACACUGAAGCAGGAGAAAGAAGACCUGGAGGCCGUACCAAGCAACGUCGUGAACGACAACACCAGCAACGCAAGAUGUGCCAAUUGCGCAAAGGCGGAAGCGGCACUGGACGAAUGUCAGCGGGCAUACCUGAGAAAGAGCGAUGAGCUUCGUUCCGCGAAAGCUGAAAUCCUUGAGCUCGAAGACGAGCUCGAAGAUAAGGAGCCUAAUGUGUACCAAAAGCAAAUAAAGGACCUUGAGCAGCAGCUCGAGGACUGGCAGGACAACUACGAUACCAUGAAGACAGAGCACGACAAACUGAAGAAGAAGCUCAAAGCUGCGAACGGCGCCACUGGGGACACGCCAGAGACGUCGCCACCACGGAAGUCUGCACGAGAGAUCAUCAGAGAGAAGUCAAGCGAAUCACCUAUCAGAAAGACUGCUGCCACGGAGGCUACAAAGAGCACUCCAGCCGCGCCAAACGGCAGGAUAAUAAAGGCCCUGCCCACGGGUCAGAGAUUCGCCAAGGCCAAAGCCGCGGCGGACAUGGAUGCAGCGAAGAUCGAUCUGUAUAAUUGA